CCGAAUUUCUGCAAUGCGUUUGGUCUGAAAGCAUAUACACUGCCGGAUGUGUUACGAAUCUUCCAAUGACUCGCUGUGUUCUCUCUCUCCGGUCUUCUCAAUUUCGGAAAAUUCAAAGCUUCACCUACUAAGAUCUGAUCCACUUCACACACACAACAUACAACAUGAUUGUUCAUGGAGGUUUGUUGAAUCCACUGUUUCAAGCUCCUUCAAUGUCCGAUUCGAUGUCGAUUACAAUUACUUCAACGAACUAUAUCGUUUCACCGUCUUACCGUCGGCUGCGACCUCCGUUUUGCUAUCAGUUCCGGUACCAGUACGUUAAUGCCGGAAAUGUAUUGUUUAAUAGCAAAAAGGGCACGCGAGAUCGUGUCAGUUUGUUGAAUCGAAUUCGAGCUUACUCCGAAUCUACGACAGAAGAAAAGCAAGUAAGAAAGUAUUCACCUAUCCUCGAGAGUCAGUUGCUAUCAGAGAAGAAUGUAUCAACAGCAGAAUUGAAGGCAAUUCCUGAUAUUUGGAGAUCUUCAGCAGAAAGAUUUGGUGAUCGGGUUGCAUUGGUGGAUCCACAUCAUGACCCUCCUACAAAUAUGACAUACAACCAGCUAGAGGAGGAUAUUUUGAAUUUCUCAGAAGGUUUAAGAGUUAUAGGAAUCAAACCAUAUGAAAAAGUUGCACUCUUUGCUGACAAUUCAUGCAGAUGGCUUGUUGCUGAUCAAGGUAUUAUGGCUACAGGAGCAAUAAACGUUGUGAGGGGAUCCAGGUCAUCUGUAGAAGAGCUCUUACACAUCUACACUCAUUCUGAAAGUGUUGCACUUGCUGUGGAUAAUACUGAAUUAUAUCAUCGGAUUGCAACGGGAUUUAAUUCAAAGGCAUCUGUUAGAUUUGUGAUCUUACUUUGGGGGGAUAAAUCAUCAUUAAAUAGCCAUAGCCAUAUGAUGGAGGGAAUUCCUGCUUAUACCUACAAGGAGAUUAUAGAUAUAGGCCAUGAACAUCGUAUGCUUUUGGUUGAUUCACAUGAUGCCCGUGAAAAGUAUGUUUAUGAACCCAUCAAGUCUGAUGAUGUGGCUGCUCUUAUAUACACAAGUGGGACCACUGGGAAUCCAAAAGGAGUAAUGCUUACACAUAGUAAUCUUUUACAUCAGGUUAAUAAUUUGUUUGACAUUGUCCCUGCGGGGCCCGGGGACAGAUUUUUAAGCAUGCUUCCACCUUGGCAUGCAUAUGAGCGUGCUUGUGAGUAUUUUAUACUUUCUUUGGGAAUUGAGCAAGUAUACACAAACGUGAAAUACUUAAAGGAUGAUUUGCGACACUAUCAGCCGCAGUAUAUGAUAUCUGUCCCUCUAGUAUUUGAAACUUUAUACAAUGGGAUCCAGAAACAAAUAUCCACCUCAUCUGCUAUCCGUAAGUUAAUUGCAUUAUCAUUGAUAAAGAUCAGUUUGGCAUACAUGGAGUUCAAAAACAUAUAUCAGGGAGAAUGUUUGUCAAGAAGUCAGAAACAACCUUCUUACAUUGCUGCAACAUUGGAUUGGAUAUAUGCACGAAUUAUUGCUGCCAUUUUGCUCCCUUUACAUUUAUUGGCAAAGAAGCUUGUUUACAGUAAAAUUCACUCCUCUAUUGGGAUUUCAAAGGCUGGCAUAUGUGGAGGUGGAAGCUUGCCAUUACAUGUUGACAAAUUCUUCGAGGCAAUUGGAACAAAAGUCCAAGUUGGAUAUGGAUUAACAGAGUCAUCUCCUGUCAUAGCUGCUCGACAACCAUAUUUAAAUGUUCUUAGAUCAGUUGGGCGUCCAAUUCGACAUACAGAAAUAAAAAUUGUAGAUGAUGAAACUGGUGAAGACCUUCCUCAUGGUUCAAAGGGAAUAGUCAAAGCCCGGGGACCACAAAUCAUGCAGGGUUAUUACAAGAAUCCGGUUGCUACAAAGGAAGCAAUAGAUGAGGAAGGGUGGUUAAACACAGGGGAUAUCGGUUGGAUUUCCACUUUCCAUUCGUUAGGGCGAAAUCGUAAUUCUGGUGGCAUUAUUGUUCUUGAAGGCCGUGCCAAGGACACUAUUGUCCUUUCAACAGGGGAGAAUGUUGAACCAGAAGAAAUAGAAGAAGCAGCCAUGAGAAGCAAUUUAAUCCAACAAAUACUCGUCAUUGGUCAGGAUCAACGACGUCUUGGAGCUAUAAUUGUUCCAAAUAUAGAAGAAAUUAUUUUGGCAUCCAAAAGUUCUUCUGAUAAUGGUAAUGCUCAACUUACCAAACACCAAAUGGCUGCCAUCUUAUCUCAAGACCUUCGUAAAUGGACAUCAGAUUGCUCGUUUCAGGUGGGACCCAUUCUUGUUAUUGAAGAGCCUUUUACGAUUGAUAGUGGUUUGAUGACUGCAACCAUGAAGAUCCGAAGGAACAAAGUUGUGGAACUAUAUAAAGACCAAAUAGAUGAUUUAUACAAGUAAUCUUGUACGUUUAAUAUAUUUACUAUUUAGAAAGGAAAAAAAAUCCAUAAUGUGUAUGUACUUUCUCCAUAUAAGUGAUGACAUCUCGUUUUUCAUGUCAAAUUACAAAUUUGUUUUUCUCAAAAC